AUGGAGUGGCUCGAAGCACUUAUCGUCUAUGAAGACGAGUGGAGCGAUGUGCGGUAUCUGAAACAGAUCACUGUUUUACUAAAAGGGAGGGUAAAAAUUUGGUGUAGAGCCCGGGAGGGUGAUGAGAUCAAAACAGUCUCUGAUUUCAAAACUAGAUUUAAAUCAAGGUACUGCAACCAGAAAGAGGAGAAUGCCGAAGCACUUAAUCUCAUGAGGAUCUUAAGUGAAGGACCACACAAAUCCCUCAGUGACUGGAUUUUGUUAAUCGAGUGGAAAAACAAAGUUGCGGACUUUGAUCAAGAGAUGUUCAGAUCAGUGAUCUUUAAUCAGAUCAACAAGAGACAUCAUGGUCUCUUUGAUAGUUGCAGAAAUCUUCUGGAGAUGGCUGACAAAGCCGAAGAAAAUGGUGUCAAGUCUAUUAAGGAGAUACAGAAAAAGACACAACAAAGGUACGAACCUAGAACAAAGACUUCAAAUCAGAAAGAAGCAGAUUUUCAGAUCAAGAAUGAUUGGAAAAAGAUCAGAGACAUUCGAACGCGAAGUCAGCGAAAUGUUACGAAUGCGGAGGCAAACAUUACAGACCAGGUUGUCCAAAUAUCAAGAAAGAAAAUGACAAGAAAUGUUCGAUAUGAUAAUCCAAAACAUAGUUGA